AUGUAUUCUCUCUUUUAUAGUUCAGCAGAAGAGCAGUUUCACUGGCAAUCACAAGAUGGUCAAAAAGAUAUCGAAGAUGAGCUCACAACAGGUCUUGAAUUGGUGGACUCCUGUAUUAGAUCACUGCAGGAAUCAGGAAUACUUGACCCACAAGACUAUUCAACAAGUGAAAGGCCCAGCCUGCUCUCCCAGAGUGCACUCCAGCUCAAUUCCAAACCUGAAGGGUCCUUCCAGUAUCCAGCCAGCUACCAUAGCAACCAGACCUUGGCCCUGGGUGAGACAGCCCCGUCGCAGCUCCCUGCCCGCAGCGCACAAGCCCGAGGUGCAGGCCAGAGUUUCAGCCAGGGCACCACGAGCCGCGCGGGGCACCUGGCGGGGCCCGAGCCCGCGCCGCCGCCGCCGCCGCCGCCGCCGCCGCUGCGGGAGCCGUUCGCGCCCAGCCUGGGCAGCGCCUUCCACCUGCCCGACGCGCCGCCCGCCGCCGCCGCCGCCGCCGCGCUCUACUACUCGAGCUCCACGCUGCCCGCGCCCCCGCGCGGGGGCUCCCCGCUGGCCGCGCCCCAGGGCGGCUCGCCCACCAAGCUGCAGCGCGGAGGCUCGGCCCCCGAGGGCGCCUCCUACGCCGCGCCGCGCGGCUCCUCGCCCAAGCAGUCGCCCAGCCGCCUGGCCAAGUCCUACAGCACCAGCUCGCCCAUCAACAUCGUCGUGUCCUCGGCCGGCCUGUCCCCGAUCCGCGUGACCUCGCCCCCCACCGUGCAGUCCACCCUCUCCUCCUCGCCCAUCCACCAGCUGAGCUCCACCAUCGGCACGUACGCCACCCUGUCGCCCACCAAGCGUCUGGUCCACGCGUCCGAGCCGUACGGCAAGCAGUCGCAGGAGCUGUAUGCCACGGCCACCCUCCAGAGGCCGGGCAGCCUGGCAGCUGGGUCCCGGGCCUCAUACACCAGCCAGCAUGGCCACCUGGGCCCGGAGCUGCGGGCCCUGCAGUCCCCAGAGCACCACAUAGACCCCAUCUAUGAAGACCGCGUCUAUCAGAAGGCCCCCAUGAGGAGUCUCAGCCAGAGCCAGGGGGACCCUCUGCCGCCAGCACACACGGGCACGUACCGCACGAGCACAGCCCCGUCUUCCCCCGGUGUCGACUCCGUCCCCUUGCAGCGCACAGGCAGCCAGCAUGGUCCGCAGAGCGCUGCCGUGGCCACCUUCCAGAGGGCCAGCUACGCCGCCGGCCCGGCCUCCAGCUACGCGGACCCCUACCGGCAGCUGCAGUAUUGUCCUUCCGUCGAGUCUCCGUACAGCAAAUCCGGCCCUGCCCUCCCUCCCGAAGGCACCUUGGCCAGAUCCCCGUCCAUCGAUAGCAUUCAGAAAGAUCCCAGAGAAUUUGGAUGGAGAGACCCGGAACUGCCUGAAGUGAUUCAGAUGUUGCAACACCAGUUUCCUUCGGUCCAGUCUAAUGCUGCAGCCUAUUUACAGCACCUCUGCUUUGGAGACAAUAAAAUUAAAGCCGAGAUAAGGAGACAAGGAGGUAUUCAGCUCCUGGUGGACCUGCUGGACCAUCGGAUGACGGAAGUCCACCGUAGUGCCUGUGGGGCCUUGAGAAACUUGGUGUAUGGGAAAGCCAACGAUGACAACAAAAUCGCCCUGAAGAACUGUGGUGGCAUCCCAGCCCUGGUCAGGUUGCUCCGCAAGACCACCGACUUGGAGAUCCGGGAGCUGGUCACAGGAGUCCUUUGGAACCUUUCAUCUUGCGAUGCACUCAAAAUGCCGAUCAUACAGGACACCCUGGCCGUGUUGACCAAUGCCGUGAUCAUCCCCCACUCGGGCUGGGAAAAUUCACCUCUUCAGGACGAUCGGAAAAUACAGCUGCAUUCCUCACAGGUGCUGCGAAAUGCCACUGGAUGCCUAAGGAAUGUUAGUUCAGCCGGAGAGGAGGCCCGCAGGAGGAUGCGGGAAUGUGAUGGGCUCACGGAUGCGCUGCUCUACGUGAUUCAGUCUGCGCUGGGGAGCAGCGAGAUCGAUAGCAAGACCGUUGAAAACUGUGUGUGCAUUUUAAGGAACCUUUCGUACCGGCUGGCAGCAGAAACGUCUCAGGGACAGCACCUGGGCACAGAUGAGCUGGACGGGCUGCUCUGUGGUGAGGCCAAUGGCAAAGAUGCAGAGAGCUCCGGGUGCUGGGGCAAGAAGAAGAAGAAAAAGAAAUCUCAAGAUCAGUGGGAUGGAGUAGGACCUCUUCCAGACUGUGCAGAACCACCAAAAGGGAUCCAGAUGCUGUGGCACCCAUCCAUAGUCAAACCCUACCUCACACUGCUCUCUGAGUGCUCAAAUGCAGACACGCUGGAAGGGGCGGCAGGCGCCCUGCAGAACUUGGCUGCAGGGAGCUGGAAGUGGUCGGUAUAUAUCCGAGCUGCUGUCCGGAAAGAGAAAGGCCUGCCCAUCCUUGUGGAGCUGCUGCGGAUAGACAAUGACCGAGUGGUGUGUGCAGUGGCCACGGCACUCCGGAACAUGGCCUUGGACGUCAGGAAUAAGGAGCUCAUUGGCAAAUACGCCAUGCGAGACCUGGUCCAUCGGCUUCCAGGCGGGAAUAACAGCAGUAACGCGGUGAGCAAGGCCAUGUCGGACGACACGGUGACAGCCGUGUGCUGCACCCUGCACGAGGUGAUCACCAAGAACAUGGAGAACGCCAAGGCCUUACGGGACGCCGGUGGCAUCGAGAAGUUGGUCGGCAUCUCCAAAAGCAAAGGAGACAAACAUUCUCCGAAGGUAAUCAAGGCCGCGUCUCAGGUUCUGAACAGCAUGUGGCAGUACCGAGAUCUGAGGAGUCUCUACAAAAAGGACGGAUGGUCACAAUAUCACUUCGUAGCCUCAUCUUCAACCAUCGAGAGGGAUCGGCAAAGACCCUACUCCUCCUCCCGCACACCCUCCAUCUCCCCUGUGCGCGUGUCUCCCAACAACCGCUCAGCAAGUGCCCCAGCUUCACCUCGGGAAAUGAUCAGCCUCAAAGAAAGAAAAACAGACUAUGAGUCCACUGGCAGCAACGCCACUUACCACGGAACUAAAGGAGAACACACUUCCAGGAAAGACACCAUGACAGCUCAAAAUACUGGAAUUUCAACUUUGUAUAGGAAUUCAUAUGGUGCGCCCGCUGAAGACAUCAAACAUAACCAGGUUUCAGCACAGCCAGUCCCACAGGAGCCCAGCAGAAAAGACUACGAGACCUACCAGCCGUUUCCGAAUUCCACGAGAAACUACGACGAGUCCUUCUUCGAGGACCAGGUCCACCACCGCCCUCCGGCCAGCGAGUACAUGCACCUGGGACUCAAGUCCACGGGCAACUACGUCGACUUCUACUCCGCUGCCCGUCCCUACAGUGAACUGAACUAUGAAACGAGCCACUACCCCGCAUCCCCCGACUCCUGGGUGUGAGGCAGGCGGCACCGGGGACAGUGCAUGUGCAUGCAGACCACAGACAUUGCUAUUUUUCUUUUCCCCUGCAAAUUUAGUUCGUUAAAGCCUGUUCCAUAGGAAGGCUGGGAUAACCAGUAAGGACACAUUAAGAGCUAUCUUAGAAAGCUAAAUGAAUCGAACGUUAACUUGAAAGUCAGUAGAAAGUGAUCCUCAGUCUGACCUUGUACAACACCUUUCUAGUGCGGGCUGGGGAGUCUAAAAAGUGCUUUCCACUGAAUGUGGCUGAAGGCAGCACAGAAGGCGGUCGGGGUGACGGUUGUAAGCACAGAGGCGCGUGGUUCACGCACUUCAGAGGGACGGCUUCUCACGCUUUGUUUACUCUCUUCAUCCGUUGUGAUUCUAGGCUUCAAGUUGCACUGGGGUUCCUCUGUACAGCAAGAUGUUUCUUGCCCUUUGUUAAUGCAUUGUUGUAAAGUAUUUGAUGUACAUUACAGAUUAAAGAAGAAAAGCGCAUUGUGUAUAUUACACCAAUGCUGCGGCGUUUCCUCAUCUAUGGUUCUAAAUAUUGCUUCAAUUUCAAACUUUUGAAAGAUGUAUGGAUUUCCAGUUUUUCUUUUCUUUCUCGCAGUAUGUUUUAACAGAAAAAAAAAUGGGAAAAAAAGGAAUAUUUAGCAGUAUUGUUCGUUCUGAUAUGUGAAUUUGUUUGUGGCAACUAAGCAAGGCAUUCAGCAGUUUCUGACAAUUAACAUCCAUCAUUCCACACUCCUUGUCAACAAAGUGCUUUUUCACUGCCUAAAAUUUUAGAUGUAGAUAUUUGAAAUAGAUUUUUUCAUUUAUACCAGUUUUCUUUAUGAUGAUACAGUGUUAAAAGAAAAUAAAUUACAAUUGAUCUGUCA